UCUGUGUGUGUGUGUGUGUGUGUGUGUGUGUGUGUGUGUUUCGGCCAGCGAAAAAGGAAUAACCCGUGUUUUGUCCACUUGAUCAAUAACAGAACACAUGAUAACGCAUGGCUUUUUUCUCUAGCAACUGUUGAGAGAGGACAUCAGCAAGCGAUGGCUUAUCGCCUGUAUGAAGGAAAGGAACACGCUAGAUCCUACUGGAAGUACAGGAUUGCCCCAACGGAUCAUCUGAUACAACAAGUGCUUAACUUCUUGGAAAAGCAGGUGGGUCGUCCCUUUGAGCGGGCAGUGGAUGUCGGCUGUGGCUCAGGUCAAGGCACCCUGCUGCUGGCUGAACACUUUGCCUCCGUGCUGGGGACAGAUGUUAGUCCAGCCCAGCUGGAAAUGGCUUUGCAGCAUUCCAAAAAGCCAAACAUCACUUAUAGGGAGUGUGCGGCCGAGGAGCUGCCGAGCGCCGACAGCUCGGUGGAUUUGGUGACAGCCAUGUCCGCCUUCCACUGGUUCCACCGGCCUCGCUUUCUCCAGGAGGCCAACAGGGUCCUGAAGCCCCGUGGCUGCUUGGCUCUGCUCAACUACACCAUUGACAUGCGGCUCGGCUACCCAGACUGCUGCUCACACACACUCAACCAAGUCUGCCAAGAGUUCUAUGCAGCCUUGCAGCCUUACCGCAGCGCUCACCUCGGUCACAGCUCUAUUGAGAUUUACCGCGAGGCCUAUGAAUCCAUCCCUUACCCUGACAAGGAGUGGCACGAGUGUGUGUGGGUGGAAAGGCCCAUGCCUCUGUCCAGUUACAUGGGGUUGGUGGAGUCUUUCUCCAGCUAUCAGGCGCUGCUAAGAGAACACCCGCAGAAAGCCACUGCGCUCUCUCACCACAUCUGUCAAAGGUUGAUGUCCAUAAUGAGGGUGACCUCUGUGGAGACACAGGUGGUUGUGGCCGUGAAGUAUUUUUACCUCCUGGCCUGCAAACCGCAGGACGCCUGACUCCUGACUGCAACCCGCACUUUCAAUAAAGUCAUGAAGAACCUUG